CAAACCCUUUCCCCCCUACACUUUAGUGGCACCAGAAUUAUCGAGCAAGCAAGAAAAAAAUGAGACGUCCCGGCGGCGGACAUUCCGGCGGUGGACAUUACGGUGGUGCUGAUGCCGGCGCCAAUGCUACGUAUAACUCCGGCCAUCAAACGAUGCAACAUCAACAGCAACAACAGCAGCAGAUAAAGUCGGAACAUCAUCAACAAUGGAGAUGGGAACGAGAGAGCCCGAAAUUACCUACAAAUUCUAUGUCUCCGAACAUGUAUCCUGAAGGCCAGGGGAGUGAAGCAUCUAGAUCCUACUACCAGGGCCAGAGGACUGAUCCAAGGUUGGCAUUAGAGAAUCAAGGUGGCAAGGAUCCUAGAGCACUGCCUCGUGAAGAAGGCAUGGAUAUUGGUUAUGAAGAUAAGCCUGUACAGCAGACUUUGGAAGGUCUUGAAAAGAAAUUCCUUGAUGAUAUAAUGAAACUGACCAAGGAGCAAAAUGAUGCAGAGGAUGCUGAAAAUUCUAGGCAUAGGGAGCGGAUAAAUGCAAUCAACACACAAUAUCAAGAACAGCUAGUUGCCCUUCGUGCCCGGCAAGCUAAUCACAGAGAUGAAGUCCUUCGAAGGGAGUGUCAUGCCAGAAAACAACAGUAUGAACAAGUUGCUUUGGACAACUAUCGACACAGCAACAUGAGCACUAGCAAUGCUCGUGGAUAUGUGGGAAACUCUCCAGCAGGAGAACGACAAGUUGCCUACAACUCUCCAGCAGGAGAACGACAAGCAGCCUAUAAUGCUGAUAGUUACGACUCUUACAGGGAGAAUGCUCGAUAUCUUGGCAACAGCGGAAGGGAUCACGGAUAUGAACCUAGAGUACAAUACCCAGGCGGUCGCGUCUAUGAAACUGGUUCACGCUAUUAUUGAAUAACUGCAUAGAAUAGUAUUGAAUCUUUCGUUUAGUUUGCUUUGACUAGGUGGUCGCGUCUAUGACACUGGUACACGCUACUCGUCUUUAUAGCUUUUAUCAGAUUGGAUAAAAGAGUCACAUAUGUAUUUUACUUUUUCUGAAUGAUUCAUGAUCUUGGCAUGGACUAGUGAUGAAGUUUGAUCUGUUACUGUUCCUAAAAUUUCUUGAAUGAUUUUAUAUUGGUUCAUCAACACUA